AUGGUGAUGGAAUAUCCAGUAGAAGCAGAGUCCCUGAGAAAACUGUGUUAUAAGUCCAUGAAGAGAGGCCUUGAUUUCUUCUCUUCUCCUUGUCAUGAUUCCUAUGCAACAACUGAUCCUGUUAGCAAGAAAACACGUAUGAGUCAUAAGUUGCCCACUUUUCAGGACGCAGCUGGUAGCCGAACCAGACUGGAUCAUUCUCAAACACUUCCACAUGAUUCUACGACAACUCUUGCUCUCUCUGUUCCGCAAAACCCUCUGCCCAAGAAAAAAGGAUUUCAACCAAACAGCCUUGCGGAUGAGGCUGGAUUCGCUGGAAAAAGCGGAGAAAUAUUAAGUUCUGAUCAGGCUUCAUGUAACAAAUUCUAUUCUGACACAAGGAAGAGCCUGGUAAAACAUCCUGUGUGGAAAACCUACAGGGUUCUGAGUAAUCAUCUGGGAUGGGUGAGAUCGGUUGCUUUUGAUCCAAGUAAUGAAUGGUUCUGUACAGGAUCUGCGGAUCGUACUAUUAAGAUAUGGGACUUGGCUAGUGGAAAGUUGCAGCACACACUUACGGGACAUAUUGGACAAGUCCGAAGCCUUGCUGUGAGCAACAGACACACGUACUUGUUCUCUGGUGGCGACGAUAAACAAGUUAAGUGCUGGGACUUGGAACAGAACAAAGUGAUCCGGUCUUAUCAUGGUCAUCUGAGUGGUGUUUAUUGUAUGGCCCUUCAUCCCACAAUUGAUGUUUUGGUCACUGGAGGCCGUGAUUCGGUGUGUCGUGUGUGGGACGUGCGGAGCAAGGUACAAAUACAUGUACUUUCGGGGCACGAUAGCACAGUUUGUUCAGUUUUUACUCGGUCUACAGAUCCACAAGUUGUCACGGGCUCCCAUGAUGCCACUAUAAAGUUUUGGGACCUUCGAUAUGGGAAAACAAUGACAACGCUAACGCACCAUAAAAAGUCUGUACGAGCCAUGGUUCCGCAUCCAGUGGAGGAUAAUUUUGCAUCUGCCUCACCUGACAGCAUCAAGAAAUUCAAUCUUCCAGGAGGGGUGUUUAUGCAUAAUAUGACUUCAAGGCAGAACACAAUAAUCAACGCAAUGGCCGUGAAUAGGGACGGUUUGAUGGUCACUGGAGGAGAUGAUGGAAGUCUCUGGUUUUGGGACUGGAAGACUAGCCAUAACUUUCAACAAAGCAAGUCAAAAGUUCAGCCCGGUUCCCUGGACUGCGAAGCUGCAAUAUAUGCUGCCUCAUUUGAUGUCACGGGUUCAAGACUGGUGACGUGUGAAGCUGAUAAGACGGUAAAGAUUUGGAAAGAGGAGACAAUGUAA